UCGAGCUUAUAUCCUUCGCAUUCAGAUACGGCUUCGAACGCAAAAAAAGCUAUAAAAUUUCACGCAACGCAAAUGUGAAGUGAGCGACCAAAGGAUCAUCGGAGUCAGCCGUUCACGACGGUUGGCAGACACCAUGAGUGGCAGAGCAAGUAAUUUCCCUCCAGCGCCGGACCAAGAGUGGUCUCCAUGGGACUACUUCUUCGACGAUGCUCUUCCGAGUCCGGCUGUGCUCCCACGGGCCGUUUCGUAUCGAACGACUCCACCAGGGCUAACACGGACUCCGUCGUUUGACCCAGAAAGAGUGAUGCCACGGCCAAAUCCUUCUAGUUUAGCUGGCUUCACGACACCCAGCUUGCCCUUAAUGCUCCUCGAGAAUGCCUACGCGAGGCCUAGAAGUAUCGUCGAGCCUCCACCGAGAUCUAUUGGGCAACCAAACGCCCAGGUCUUGUCCGAGCAAGACUCCAUGUUGACGGGCGAUGAGCAGAAGAAGGUCUUAAGCAAGCUCAAGAAGGAGAUUUACAACCCCCUGCCAAAGAGCUACAUUAGGAGAGUGAGCUUAUACUAUAGGGAAAAUGCUAGGAACGGUCUUGGGGAUCAGAACAGGUACCCUGACGACGACGAUGGCAAGCGAUGCGCGAUAUGCUUAGACGACUUUGAGCCUAAGCAAGAGGUGAUGGUCACUCCUUGCAACCAUAUGUUCCAUGAGGACUGCAUCGUGCCGUGGUUGCAGGGUCACCGCCAGUGCCCAGUCUGCCGAUUUUCACUCUUGGAACAGAAGAGGCAAACUCAACCGCCAAUUGCACCGGUAGCAAUCCAAUCCUGGGAGACAGUGUUUUAUGUGCCCGAAACGUUGUUCCGGUAAUAAAGAUAGAGGAGAAAGCUUAGCACACUAAUUUGAUGUAUAUGAACUUAUGCAGACAUAAGACAUAGCCCUUAUGCAUAUUUCUUAUGUAUACAUACGUGAGGCCCCGCCACCGUAUCACGAAUGGCGCCUUUAUUUCCUCGCUUGGAUUUAUUGGUUAUGGAGUUAAUGAAUUGCGAUGGAAAUGAUUUCGAGCUAACGAUUGAUUCGAGGAGCUUGAUGCUUGUAGUAGUAGGCCAAGUAUUUGUCUGUCCAUAAGAUUUUGAUUCAUGCUUUCAUCA